AUGAACAAAACCAAGGUGGAAGUAAAGCAAGUGUCCGUUGCGCCUCAAAUUUUAUCAUCAACACUGAAAGACAAAGAUGUGUAUGAAUCACUUCCGAACAAAUUUGAAAUUGUUGCUUCAGCAGAACCGAGACCUGAAGUGAAAUGGUUAAAAGAUGGUGAAGAGAUAAGUCCCUCAGACACUCACACGGUCUUAACGAAAGAUGGAGAUACUCACCGGCUAGAAAUUUUGGCUACAGAACAGGCUGAUGCUGGUGUCUACACCUGCAAAGUGACGAACAGACUCGGUGAAGUUGCGGAAUCUGGAACUCUCAACAUCUUGCCUGAAAGUUUGUAUCGGUGUCCGAAAGUCAAAGUUCCUAUUCAAGACACCAGAUGUCCAAAGCAUCAAUCUGGAUCAAUUGCUGCUGUCUUUACUGCUGACCCGAUUCCUGAAUUCAAGUG